CUUCGAAGACCCUAAUUAAUUUCCUGUUAAAUCUUGAAGAUCAUUAUUUGAAAGUGCCCUACCAUAAUAGUAGCCAUGCGGCUGAUGUUACUCAAUCAGUGCACGUACUACUUUUAAUGCCAGCGCUAGAGUCUGUGUUUUCUGAUUUGGAAGUGUUGGCUAUUCUCUUUUCUGCUGCCAUUCAUGAUGUUGAUCACCCUGGAGUCACUAAUCAAUAUCUCAUUAAUUCGAGUUCUGAACUUGCCGUUAUGUAUAAUGAUGAAUCGGUGUUGGAAAAUCAUUCCUUAGCGGUGGCCUUCAAACUUCUUCAAGACGAGAACUGCAACAUUUUCUCAAGUCUGAAUAAAAAACAAAUGCUGAGUCUCCGUAAAAUGGCCAUUGAUAUGGUUUUGGCAACAGACAUGUCAAAACACAUGAAUUUAUUGGCUGAUUUGAAGACGAUGGUUGAAACAAAGAAAGUCGCUGGUUCUGGAAUGGUCCUUCUGGACAACUAUACGGAAAGAAUACAGGUUUUACAAAACAUGGUUCAUUGUGCGGAUCUAAGUAAUCCUACGAAGCCAUUAGAAAUCUAUAAGCGUUGGGUUGACCUUAUAAUGGAAGAAUUUUUCCAGCAAGGUGACAAAGAAAGAAAUCAAGGAAUGGAUAUCAGUCCUAUGUGUGAUAGGCACACAGCCACGAUUGAAAAAUCACAGGUCGGUUUCAUAGAUUAUAUCGUUCAUCCGCUUUGGGAAACUUGGGGUGAUCUUGUACAUCCAGAUGCCCAGGACAUAUUGGAUACACUUGAAGAGAAUAGGGACUGGUACCAAAACAUGAUUCCCAUCAGUCCAUCAAGCAGUCGCCAGAAUGUAUCGGAAGAUUCUCCUCCAAGCUCAGGAAAAGAGCGCAUCAAGUUCCAGGUGACGUUGGAAGAACCAGAGUUGGAAGAUUUUGAAGAGGAGUCUGGAGAAUUGCUAUAAAGUCGUCCAACGCUGGAAUAAGUUCUCCACUCUUACCUCUGGAAAGAAGAUCACUUCUUCAAACUGGAGAAGACCCGUCCCGAGGACAGAUCAUUUUUUUAACAAAGUAUUCAAUUUACUUAUUGUAUUCUGUCAAUGGAAAUGGGAGAAGCUUGACUACAAAUGAAACAUAAGCUUCCUAUACCACGGUGAGGAAAAUUAUUAAGUCGACGAUUAUUGUUAUUACUAUUUUAUCAUUUUUUCAAUUAUAUGUCGUACAGUACCUGUUGGAAUUCAGCUCAAAAGGUUCUUCUUUGGACAUUCAUCAAAAUUUAGAAAAGAUGAGACUGAAUGCAAAGCAGUAACGUACGACAAACAAUUUUCAGCAGCUAACAGUGAUGAUCUCAAAAGGACAGUAAGCUGCAACAAGUGACUAAAUGUGAAAUCGAUUUCAUCUUUGCUCUUUAUUCUUCUUUUAUCAUUCAACCAGUAUGAGCACAUUUUGCUGCAUGUUGAUGGGCUAAUUAGGUUAUAAAGCUGUAUUUCUAGAAUACCUGACAGCAACUUUUGUGCAAGUUUCCAUUUACGGUUUUAAGCCGAAGAAGCCUUUUUUUUCCGAUUGUUAUAUAAUUAUAUAAUUGAACGUGUGGAGGCUUGUAGUUUAAGAUAACCCUGCACGAUGGUUUUCCUGCAAUAUCUCUUUCAAAGAAUAAUCAUAUUCCAGCCAAUUUAUAACUUUCAAUUUGCUCCUUAAUCUAGUUUUUUUUCUAGGUCUGAAUUCUUGUCAUGUUUUUGCCGUCCAUAAAUUGAUUUAUUGAAAACAAAUUAAGCAACCCGUUCCUGAACAAAACUCUUUAAAGUGUAUCUGACAUAAUCCGAAAAAAAUUCUUUCUAUCGUUGAAUAAAAGACAUAUUUUUUUAAUAAAAAUAAAAAUUAUUUUAGUAUUUCAGGAGUGGGAAAAUUAAUUUAAGGAUGGCAAAAAUAUUUAGAGCGUUUAUCAAACGUGGUAUUAUAAAGCCUAGCUAUGUUUCAUGCUGUACAGACUAGUCAGGCGUAUAUUUUGUCACAAAUGGUUGUUCUAUGUUUUUCAAUUCACCACGUUUCUAGAAAACUAAGCAUAUCAUGGAAUUUUUGUAAGCCAAUAGAAUGUUUGUGGUCUCUAGUCAAAUAAAACUUUCUGGGCUCCAAAUACUCGCUCGCGUUAAAAAUCUCUGUACGAGAUUUCUUACCGGCUCGCGAGAGGAAGCUCUGAGAAGUUUUGAAGUUGCUUUCCAUUAAGGAUACUCUAUCAUCUGUGCAGAUUAAGAUAUUUUCCCUUCGAACUCUCAAAUAUAUUCAGAUUUUCGAGCCUGGAUUUUACUUCAUUUUUGAGUGAUAUUCUCCGUUUCGAAUCUGUUGAUUUUAUGCUAACUAAAUCGCACACGCAUGUAAGGAUCGACAGCUUUAUGGUUCGCGAUGUUCUUUCAUAUUUACCACUCAUCUGAUACUUGUGUUAGUUUUUCACGUUAGUUCGUUGUUCCAAUCAAAGUACAAGCCAAAGAAGUUGCUAUGUAUAAUAACACUAAUUGCGUGUAUAUAAAUCUUUUAUUUUAUUUUCUUUCUUUUUUCGUUUCCUUCUUCAGUGGGAAUCUUAGCACCACGCAAUGCUGUAAUCAAGAGAGAUUUAAGUCGUGGAAAGGUGCGGGCAUCCUUCGAGGCAGCAUCUGUAUAUAGACUUGUGAUAUGGAAUUUCUUGAGGUAGCUUCGGUAUAGCGAUGUUUGCGCUGCUCCACGACUAAAACGCUUCUCUUCCCUGACAAUGCCUUAGAGGAAACCCGCAUCUGUUGGCGUACAAAACACGCUUUGCUGUGCUAGACUAUUCUGUGUUAGAGAAGAGAUAGUAUUUAUUUAUCCAAGUGUUACGCUUCAUGCGAAUCUUUAGCUUUAUCUAUGUAUGCACUGUAGUUCUAGUACCAAAGGAUAAAUCGAAAUUUCUUUCCGAGAUGAGCUCUUGAUAUCAUAGAUAUUCAAUUGAAACUUCUGAAAAUUUUUACUUGAUGUUCUAUAAACAAGAUGAAUGCAUUCAUUCCGAUAAACCUAACGUUUAUAUGUGCUUUUAAAAGGCUUUUGCAGCAAUGGAAACUGAAUGUAACAAACAAACAAUUCCCCCCUCCCCCCCAAAAAAGGAAGGAAUCCUCAAUGGUAUUCUUUUUGUUCCUGAACUUCUGUAUUAACGGUUCUUGAAAUUAAUAGUCGGUCAAGGCAAACUUAUAAACAAUUUGUGAGGUCAUAAAAAUUAGCUUCAUGUCCAAGAUAUAAGUUAUUUUUAAUCAAAAUUGGAAAAUUCUUACAUUUAAAAAAUGAUUUGACUAUUUCUUUGUAACCGGGUUUAACGUAUUCAUGAAUCUUCACUGACGCAUAAAAUCUUCACUGACGUAAUGAUUAAAAACGACAGCAUAAAAUAUUUCUGUUCAUUUUCCAAAACUGUUCCCCUUGUGGGACUACAAUUUUAGAAUAAAAAUAUUUCUUUUAAAUCCUUCGUAAGGAUGGUCAUCUGAUUUUGUUUUGCGUUUUAAUCCCAGCUGACACAUUAUUCUGUAGAAUCCUAUUUUGGAUUUGAUUUCAGUGAGAAAUGUCGUUGAGUUCUGAAAUCGAUAAAACUCUAAUUUUAGAAAUAUUCCACUUUAUCAAAAUUAUACACUACAUGAAAAUAACACAAAUUCUAAGAGCGCUUUCCUAAAACUUUAAAACGUUCAUGAACUUUAGUCAGAAUGUUGUUUAUAAAUAAUUUAUCGGUACUUAACAAUUGACAUACAUCUUUAUUUUCGAGGUUUUUAGAAUAUGAAGCUUGAUAUAAAUUUGUAAGGUUUAAAAUCUUUUAUUAAAUUAAAGUAUAAAUUUUUGCUAAUUUAUGGCCUCAUUAUUUUGGCAUAAUUAAUUAGAUUCUUUUGAUUACUUAACUAAUGCAAUAUCAGUUUGUCUAUUUGGAUACAGAAACUUUGUUCCUCUUUGCUUUUCUGAAAGCAUGAAAUUAUAUUUAGUUUUCAUCAGCUGCAGGCAUUUUAUUACAUAUCUUAUUAUGCAAUGUAUGUUUUAUUUCAGAAUAAAAUGUGCGAAAAUAAUUUGUAAUGAAAUUGUAUCGGUGGUUUUGGAAAAUUUUUGCCAAAUUGCAUAGUUUAAUAUUUUAGGCAUAUGUAUAGGGCUUCUUAUAGUGAAAGUGAAUUUUUCUUCUGCAUUGUGCUGUGAAUUUUCUGUGAAAAUUUUACAAUUUGUUCUCGAGUGCCAAAUUUGGCGCUGUCGCCAAAUCUCCGCCAACGCUUCAAAUAAAAAGCUAAUAAAUGUGCUAAGUGAGUAUCUAGACGGAAUGCCGCCCGAAAACUUCAAGCAGACCCAAUUUUUAUUCAAGUUCUUUAAGCAGGUAAUACAUCUCGACGUGAUUCUUUUUGAAUUCAUUGUAAAAUAAAAAAUGCAUUUAAUUCAAGGA